AUGAUUACACCCGAGAUUACGGAAGGAAUAGCCGGGCUUUCUGCUGGAUUUGCCACUACAGUGAUUACACACCCGCUGGAUUUUUUCAAACUCCGACUGCAACUUGACACAACAUCGACAUCACAAUGGCAAGCUGUGCAUCUCAUAUACAAGAAACUUAUAAAAACUUCGACUAAUGUCAACGGGGGGUUUUCCACAUCGUCGUUUAUUGCACAUUUAUACCGAGGAAUAGGGCCCAACCUAGUUGGGUCAACCUCUGCAUGGGCAAUGUAUUUCUAUUUUUAUAGACGGUAUAAAAAUUCAAUCUUAGCCUUAACCAGGGGCUCCAGUGAUCACCAUUUGAAGUCAUACCAUUAUCUAUGUUCGGCGUUUCUUGCCGGUUGGACAACAUCGAUCAUAACAAACCCAAUAUGGGUCAUUAAGACGAGGAUGAUAUCUACAGAGAAAUCACAACCAGGUGCUUAUCGUUCCAUACUCCACGGGAUAAAAGAGAUUUAUAAAAGGGAAGGACUGUUGGGUUACUACCGUGGCCUAACCCCGGCCAUGUUAAACGUUGCACAGGGGGCAGUCCAGGUGUCCAUAUAUGAUUUGCUCAAGAGAUCCCUUGUUGAUCCAGACGCUUCAUCCGAGAAACUAACCACCCUGCAGUAUGUAUAUGCCAGUUCCCUCUCGAAGAUGGUAUCGACAUGUCUCUUCUAUCCACUACAAGUCAUUCGGUCUCGACUUCAGGUUGUCUCCGGCUCGAAUAAACUUCAAUCUGCAUCCAAGUUGUGUUUGGCCAUGUACCAAACUGAAGGGCUCCUCGCAUAUUAUAAAGGUCUAGUGCCGAAUCUCAUAAGGGUGGUGCCUGCUACGUGCACUACAUUUCUCAUAUAUGAGAAGGUAAAGCAUUUGCUUGUAUAG